AGCAGAAAAGUUGUUUAUAAAAAGAAUUAGAAUCAAUUCAAUCUUUUCCCGUAAUUUUUCCCAUUAAAAAAUCGGAAGUUUUCCGAAAAUUUUACACGUUGUGUUUGCUUGUGUUAUGACUCGUGUGUUUGAGUUUGAGUCGUGUUGUUUGAAUUAUCUCGUUUCUUUUUUCCAAAAUUCUACAUUUUUUCGAAAUUAUUGUCGACAAAAAAAUUGAUGCAAGUCUACGUGGCUAACAUAGAAUUCGUGAAUAAAAAUGCCAUAUAUCGAGAAUUGGAAUGAGUUUGCAUCGGCGGCCGAAGCACUAUAUCUGGAGAAUCCAUUACGUUGUCGUCUAGUAAUGAAAUAUCGACAUAAAGAUGGACAAUUAACUGUCAAAUGUACCGAUGAUAAAGUAUGCCUGUUGUAUAAAACGGAAAAUUCACAAGAUAUAAAACGUAUUGAAAAAUUAAAUUCACAAAUGAUGCGACAUAUGACCAGUGAUGAGGAUUGAUGCACAAAAAUGGCUAAUAAUGAUGAAUAAUCACCCAUUGAUAAUAAAUAAAACUCAUUGUAAAAUUGUAUUUAUUUUACUACACACUCACUUGUAUUCCAUGUCUUGUUUUUUCUUCCCGCUGGAUUUGUAAAUUGAUGGAAUAAUAAAAAAAAGAAUACUACUAUAAUACAAAACAA